UAGCUGCGCAGCGGUGCUGGAAAGCCCACCACUAGAGUGAAAUAUGAGUGAAAAUCAAGAUUUUACGGAUUCUUUACAAGACAGCAAGGCUUCGUAUGUACUCAGCAAUGUCGCCGAGGUGGUCGAGCGGAUUUUGACGUUCAUACCGACCAAGUCGCUCCUCCGGAUAGCGAGUGUGUGCAGACUAUGGAGAAACUGUGCCCGCAGAGUGCUCCGGACUCAGCAGCAGCUGAGCUGGGUGUCAGCCUGCGGACCGUCCACCACAGAGGUCCAUGCUCUGUGCAGCGUCCUGGCUGAAGAAGUGGAGAAAGUUUUCCUCCUACCUAAAACAGUUCUGACAAUGGUAGACUGUGAGGCCUUCAAUGGACAGGCCUAUAGCUACGAACAGAAUAAAGCAAAAAAGAGUCGCCACAGUCCAGACACAGUUGAAGAACUCAACCUGCUUUUCCCCAAAGGCUGUGACAUCAUGGGCAUUGCAACACCAGGCAUUGUCUUGACACCAAGUGGCUCUUGCUCCAGUCCUCCUCAGGAGUACCAGGAGGGGGAGGCUGGCUUUGCAAUCAUGUUCCCCAACACUGAGGGUGUCCACAUCAAGCCCUUUCACUUUUGUAAGAAGACCAUCACUCCGACAGCCCUGAAAGAAGCAGGACUAGUUGACAACCCAGAGCUGCGUGUGAUACUGUUGUUUUUCUAUGAGGCAUAUAAAUCUGGAGGAGCUCGCUUCCUCAGCCAGAUACUAGGGCCGCUGGGCAAGAGCAAAGCUCUGAUUGCUGGAGGGCUGGUAGAAAGCGUCUUCUCUCCUCCAAGACACUGCUGUAGCCAGGGUGCAUAUGGUGUGGUGGGCCUGGCCCUGAGCGGCCCAAAGGUACAGGGGGCAUCUGUGCUGUUGGACCAAGACAUCAGCACCCCAAAGGCAGCUGAGGCCACGAUCCGGAGGCUAAAGGCAGCCAAAAUUCCAGAGAAAAACACUCUGGGGUUCAUGUUCGCUUGUGUGGGAAGAGGGCAGAACUUCUACAACAACCAAGCCAAUGUCGAGGCAGACGCUUUUCACAAGGUGUUCCCCAACACGCCCCUCUUUGGCCUUUUUGGCAACGGCGAGAUCGGCUGCGACCGAAUCAUUAAAGAUGACUACACACUGUGCGACACCGAGAUGGACAGUCUGCAGCACGAGUAUACUACUGUCAUGACCCUGGUCCAUCUAGGCUGACUGUCCUGCAGAAACAAUGAACAAACAGGAUAAAAGACAACCCAUCACGCUCGCCGCUGCAGUCGGGAACAACAAACAUUAUGUACAGAGUGGUGCCCACAUUACAGCUCAGAAUAUUGCUGUCACCAUUUCUGCUCAUGAAGCAGGAAAAUGAUCCCUUUAGCCAUCAAUGUAAUGGCAGCAUUUGGGAAAUCGUGUCCCUCGGAGAUUGUGUGUGAACACAGCUUCAUAUUAAAACUAGUGAGUCUCACACAGUUCAGACAUAAAACACAAACUCUUGAUGUGAUAUAGUGCUCUUGUAAAAUAGAUUUGUAUAUUUCCCUCCACAUUACAUACGUAUCCAAGGCAUAUCUUACCCUCAGACAUCAGCUUCAUGGUCUGUUUGCUUUGCAGGUGAGUAAAUUAGACAUGCUUGUAUCUCUCAAGCUUUUGUUCUAGUUGUUGAUUCAGCAAAGGCACUUUUUUGUGAUAUACGUAAAAAAGGAAUGUGGUCCUUCUUCCACAUAAUCAAGGUAUUCUUGAUUAGAGCGCUUUUCCUUCUCGUGCAGGUUUUACACAUUUGUCUUACCAGUGGAAAAAUGAAACCAUGCUAGCCUACAAAUGAUUCAAGAUAUCUGCCAUUAUUCAGUCGGGGAAUACAGUUAGACCUUUACAGGGCAUCUUUUUAGUUGUCACAUCUCCUGUUACCUACUUGUAAGUGUUAAUGGUUGGGCUUAAAAGUUGCAACACAAGAGAGAACAGGACAGAAUGGCUGACGUUGACAGAAACUCUCACCUCAUUUUAGCCUGGACUCGUCUGUAGUUUUUGGCUUUAAGCGGCAGGUGUUGGAACAACCGGUUAAAGUCAGGGGGGAAAAAGUGACUUAUGCUUUUUGGUCAUUAGAUGUGAAGUGUUUUGAGUAUUACCUGCAACAUUUAAAAACGGUAAAGGUUUGUUUUUAAACCUCUUUACCUGGUUGCACAUUUACAAAAAAGCUAGAAGAUGCCUUUUUAUGUAUAAAAGCAUAUUGGCCUCUGAAAAUCCUCUGAAUGGUACACGUCAUGUCGAGGUUUUUUUCCCCCCAGAUGAUAUCUUGCUUUUUCCUCAAGAAUAAUAUCCUGAUAACACAAAGGUGCAAUUUCCAUUCUAAACUGUGUACGUUUGCCCUUCAGGUAGUUGCUCUUAUAUAUAUAUAAAACAAAUUGCUGAUAUUAAAUUCAGCUUUUCCUUCAAAACUGCAACAAUGAUUGUAGCAGGAAUGGAUGUUUUUGAGAGUUCCAAUAUUUUUUAUUUUGUACAAAAUUAAUUAGGGCUCCUUUGCUAAAAGUAUCUUCCUUCUUUAUAUUGUAAUACAUCCAUUCAUUCAUUCAUCCAUUUGUCCUUGAUAGUUUUUUUUUCUUUUGGAAUUAAAAUGUAUUUUAAGUUAGUCUGAAUUUCUCAUUGAACAAAGUUGUUUUGGUGUUGAUGCACUUUUCUCCAUGUGCCAAAUCAUAUCUGUUCUGCUCAUCUCCUUAAUAAAUUCCAAACAUAUAUAUAUAUUUA